AUGGACCUGCGCCCCGACGUCGCCGCGGACCCCGAGGCCCCGUGGCCGCCCGCGCCGCGCGCCCGCGCCUGCCGCCCCCUGCUCUGGACCCUGUGCGCCUCGCUCCUGCUACUGACUGCCACCUGUGCCGCCUGUGUCGCCCGCAUCUGGAUGAUGUCGCUGGAGGCGCCUCCAGCCUCGCCCAGCCUCGGUCCCUCGCCCAGCCCCAGAUCACCCGAAGGCCUUCAGCAGGGGCAAAGAGUGUUCGCCAAGCUGUUGGCAAAAAAUGUAACUCUGGAGAACGGGAUCCUGAGCUGGUACAGCCAGCCAGGGCUGGCAGGGGUGUUCCUAUCCCCCGGCCUGAGCUACAAUGAACACCAGAGGGAGCUGGUGAUAGCCAAAACUGGCACCUACUUUGUCUUCUUGCGACUGAAGCUGCAUAAGACGUUGCCCACCGCCAACGUGGAGGGCACCAUCACCCUGGCUCUGCAGCUGCAGCCGCCCCAAGCUGGGGCCAAAGACCUGACCCUGACGGUGAAACUGCAGCAUUACUCUGGGGAAGAUGAACCUGAACUUUUCGGGGGCCGCCUGCUGCACCUGGACGCUGGCCAGCGCCUGAGUGCCCGCCUGGGUGUCCACCUGACAGGAAACACCAACCACUGGCAGCUUGCUCAGCAUGCAACUGCCUUUGGGACUCUUCCGUGUGACCAAAGGGAUCCCUGGGGAACUCCUCGAAUGAUGCCCAGCUUGAAUGCUGCAGCUCUUCCUUUCACAUGGCCCUGGUGCUGGGACAUUGAUGCUCUACCUCAUGGCCCUGAGUAG